GUCGAACCUGGUCGAACUCGAACCGCGGCCGGUUCGCGACACCCCUAGUUAGGAACGGGCAUGAACAUGUUUCAUGUUCUUCGGAGUUUCUUUGGACCACAGUUGGCCACAGUGCUUCGGACUCUGUUGCCCAGGCGUUACCCCGUAGAGGAGGCGUUGCCACGGGUCCUGUCAUGAUGGCUGGACUUGACGAUGUACCGAAUGAACUCCUGCUCAAGAUUUUCAGCCUGGUUGAUGGGGCCACCCUGGUACGUUCGGCUCGUGUCUGCAGACGAUGGCACGACGUUGUCCACGCCAUCCUUGAACACGGACAGACAAUCUGGAAGAUGCUCUGCGCGAACGAGAUUGACGGCGAAGUCGUCGGGGAACUUCAUGGCCAUGUGCCGCAGAGGAUUAUCGACUCGUGUGGUCCAGCCGGCGAUGGGUCUUGCUCCACCGACUGGUUCAGACUCUACAAGACGUGGCACUUUUCGAAGGUCCUUGCUGGCCUUCCCCACCGGACAAACGCGUACCCAGUUGCCCGUCUGGACCCAGUGACGUGUGUCAAGGCCAGCCGAACGCUUGCUGUCACCGGCCACAGUGACGGCACCGUGUGCUUCUGGGACGCCACUACCGGUGCGAUGAUUCGACUCCUACCCUCUCAUAAAGCCUCGGUCAACGACCUCGCACUCGUCGACUUCCGUUGCAGAGGUCCUUACGGAUUUGGUAGCUUCUCGUCUAACCACCACCACGUGGUCUCCUGUUCGGCGGACAUGUCCGUCUGUCCCAUGCCACUCAACGGCCACGCUCCCGUGGGCGAUACAAAGGUGCACUUCGGCGAGGCCAUCCUCAGCAUCAGGGCGUCGGGCAGUCACCUGGCCGUGCUGACCAAAUACAACGGCAUUUGCAUGUACAAGAUGUGCAUCAACGUCAACGGACAUCUCGACCUGUCCCCCUCCUCCAGGCUCAACAUGGGCAUGGGACCCACUUCUUGGAUGGGGAUCUGGGAAAACACGGUGAGGCACGUCGGGACCAACAGGCUGUUGACAACGGUCGACGUCUGCUCCGGCAGUCUGAGAAGCGCACCUCUCGUGUCCUUGUGCAGCGGCGACGGGGAUCCUGUCACCGUGGCCAACGUGUGCAUUCAGAGGAAAAGCACCCUGAUUGUCCUCUCUGUGUUCCAAGAGCUCUACAUAUCUGUGGACGACGGCGAUCACUUUGUCCGCUACCCAGUCACCACAUUGUGCCAAGGCCCUGUCACCAGCUUGGCCCUACACGGGUCCUUGCUGGCGCUUGGAUUGGAACACGGCUGGCUGAAUGUGUACAGCGUGCCCGCUCCGAUAGAUAUGCUCCAGUUGGACCUCGCCCAUCCGUCGUGGUCCGAGCGGGUCGGCAAAAAAUCCAUCAUUUCCGUGGACAUCACGCAUGCCGCUGGAUGCAAGCCUAUGGUAGUAGCGUGUUCGUCGGACUGCGUCUUUGCGGUGCAGUUCGACGUCUAGUUAUGGCCUGACACUUGGUGUUCUUUCUAGAAGUCUUCUAAAUAAAUAAGGGGAAGUUUGCCAAA